GUCCCAAGCAGGUUUUCGUGUACCUCUCUUUUUUCGUCUUAGCAUGUCGCACCUUUUUGAUGGACGGGCGCAGGCGGCUGCCGUUGCUGGAAUUAACUAAAUCAUAAUCAUCAUCUAUCAGCCAAGCAAGUGAGAUCAUCUGCCCAUUGUUGGCCAUGAAAUGCAGCCGCUGAAAAUGUGAAGAGCUGCAACUAGAAAGCUUAGUCAACGAAACGAAUGUACUUAAAAUAGUCUUGUAAGGAUGCUGCCAUUGUUAAUACUCUUCAAUGUGCUCCAGCUGAGCCAAGUACUUGCCCAAAGCAAUCCGGAUGUGGUGAAGCUGCCCAAUUUGCCAUCCGAUCAUCUCAUACGCUACCUCAACACCUUUCCCAAGCUCAAAAGACAAUUGGAAGAAAUUCGAGUGGAGUCCCCCGCCUGCUGGGGGCACGAGCGCAAUUGCAGCGCCGAGGCGCGCUUUCAGACGCCCCACUGUCCCGGCGAUCAUACAGGCUGGGUGCAGAGCAAGGAGGCACAGGUACAAACCUUCUACUAUCAGGCGGACUUCGGUUUCAUACAGCAGCAGCUCUCGGAGCUAACACCUCAAUGCAUGCCCAAAUAUCUGUCGGACUCCUCGUUGGAAUGCACACGGUAUCUGCGUUUCUGUCGUGGUCGCAAUUUACUCAUCGAUCUCCGCGAUCUGCCGCAGCGCAAGGAGCGCAUACGCUACCACAUGGAUGUUCUAAAGCCGGGUCAGAUUUUGGGCCAUUGCGAGUUAAAUCGCACGCGUCUCCAAGGUGAAAUGGAUCACAUUGGCUCGGCGCUGCAAUCGUGGGCACCGGAGCUGCGCUACUUCGAUGUGCUGCCCCAACCGCUGCUCGAAAGCGGUGCCUGUGAUCUCGUCGUCAACGCACCCACUUUCAUCAUGAAGAUCGAUGCCACCUACAACAUGUACCAUCAUUUCUGUGACUUUUUCAAUCUGUAUGCCUCGCUCUUUGUGAACCAAUCCCAUCCGGCUGCGUUCAAUACAGAUGUGCAGAUUCUUAUAUGGGAAACGUAUCCAUACGAUUCACCAUUUCGGGAUACGUUCAAAGCUUUCACCCAGCGCCCGAUUUGGACGCUGAGCGAGGUGCAGGGCAAACGCAUUUGCUUUCGAAAUGUUGUUUUGCCGCUGCUGCCGCGCAUGAUCUUUGGCUUGUUCUACAAUACGCCUAUUAUUCAGGGCUGCUCGAAUAGCGGACUCUUUCGCGCCUUCUCCGAGUUCAUUUUGCAUCGACUGCAGAUACCAUACAAGCCGCCAGUAAAGAAGCUGCGCAUCACAUAUCUCUCUCGUCGCACAAAGUACCGGCAAGUGCUCAAUGAGCAGGAGCUGCUCGCCCGGUUGGAAGCCAAUGAGAAUUACGACGUGCAGCGCGUCUCCUACGAACGCCUCUCUUUUGUUAACCAAUUGGAGAUUACAAGAAAUUCGGACAUCCUCAUUGGCAUGCAUGGAGCUGGCCUGACGCAUUUACUCUUCCUGCCUAAUUGGGCUUGCCUAUUUGAACUGUAUAACUGUGAGGAUCCCAAUUGUUAUAAGGAUCUGGCACGCCUGCGUGGCGUACACUAUGUCACCUGGGAGCAGCGUGAUUUGGUUUAUCCACAGGAUGAGGGUCAUCAUCCAGAAGGAGGCGCCCAUGCCAAAUUUACCAAUUAUCGAUUUGAUGCCUCAGAGUUUGAGCGCCUGGUGGCUCAAGCGGCCACGGAGGUGCGGGCCCAUAAAGAUUUCCAGCAAGCAACAGCGGCUUUAGCACAGCAUGAUGAGCUUUAGUUUAACCUUAACGCUUUGUGAUUUGUUUGACCAAUGCAUUUAUUUGUUUUUAAAAGUAAACCGACUAUCGAUAUGUCAAUUUUAAGUAUCGAUAACAUUUGUAACAAUUGUGGCGGCAGUUAGAAUGCUGCGCCAGUGUUGAUUAAAGCAUUUAAUAUGUGGUAG